UCGGACAACGCCCUGAAUUACCAUCCGUGCAGUUGGACGUUAUCCUUCGGGAUCCUUUCGCAGCCAGGAGAAUCGCCGCAGCAUUUCUCAUCUUCUGUCAUGGCCAAUGAAAUGAUUGCCACUAACUUGGACCUCCAACCUGGAGUGUGCAUAAAAAUAGUAGGAGAUGUGCCCCCUGAUGCAAAGUGCUUUAGGGUGAACCUGGGCAAAGAUGAACAUAACUUUGCCCUGCACUUCAACCCACGCUUCAACGCCUGUGAUGAUACCAACACCAUCAUCUGCAACUCCAAACAGGAAGGCUCAUGGGGCACUGAGCAAAGGGAGACCAACUUCCCCUUCCUGCCAGGGAGCAGGGUGGAGGUUUGUAUGACCUUUGAAGGGAAUCAGUUUACUGUGAGGCUGCCUGAUGACUCUCAGAUAAGUUUCCCCAAUCGACUUAACCUAGAAACAAUCAACUUCUUACAAGUUGGUGGUGACUUCAAGCUCAAAACAGUGGAUUUCGAAUGAGCCCUCCAGUCAAGGCAGCUUCAGACCCUAUUCCUGACUCUUGGGUCUCUCUUAUUACUAAUAAAAGUGCUAAUGAUAACAGCUGA